CGGCGUUUGUCCAUCCCAGCCCUCUAACUGACGUGGCCUCCAUUCCACCAGGGCACCUGGAGGCUGAGCCCCACUCCCCUCCCUGACUCAGGAACCUCUUAGUGUCCACAAUAAGGCCUGACCGGGACCUGAGGUGACGACUCUCACGCUGCCAAUGAGGGUGAGGCCCUGUGGAUUGAAGGGGGACAGAGAGGUGAGGCAGGGUUGAGGGGUGGAGUUUGGAGGACAGGAUGAGAAGUCAGCUCUGGAUCAGGUGAGGGAAGCAUUCUGGGUCAAGGAAGGUGUUCUAGAAACUGGAAAACAGAAGGCCUGAGCUGGACAGCAGAGCAGAAGCCCAGGCCCUUUCUCCUUGUUCUUCCAGGGCACAGUCCUCAGGAUGUUCCAAGGGGAAUAGAAGCCAGAACCAGAGCCUCUAACCCAUUGCCCCCAAUAAUGGGGCCCCCAAUGAGUCAUCUGCUGGCUGGCCUGUGUGUGUGGGUGGCCUUGGGCUUGGCAGGGGGCUCAGCCCCCAACCUGGGCCCUGCUGAGCAGGAGCAGAACCAUUACUUGGCCCAGCUGUUUGGCCUGUAUGGGGAGAACGGGACACUGACAGCCGGGGGCCUAGCGCGGCUUCUCCACAGCCUGGGGCUAGGCCGAGUUCAGGGACUUCGCCUAGGACACCAUGGACCUCCGGUUGGUCGGGCUAUACCCCCAGUUGGAGACAAUUCCACAUACAGAUCACAGGACCCUGAGCUGAGUGUGGAUGUCUGGGCUGGGCUGCCUCUGGGUCCCUCAGAGUGGGGUGACCCAGAGGAGCCAAAGGCCCCAGCAUCGCCCCGUGGGCCAGCCCCCUCUGGCCUGGACCUCUUUCACAGACUUCUGCUGCUGGACCAUUCAUUGGCUGACCAUCUGAAUGAGGAUUGUCUGAAUGGCUCCCAGCUGCUGGUCAACUUUGGCCUGAGCCCUGCUGCUCCUCUGACCCCUCGUCAGUUUGCUCUGCUGUGUCCAGCCCUGCUUUAUCAGAUCGACAGCCGUGUCUGCAUCCAGGCCCCAACCCCAACCCCCUCAGGGGAUCUUCUGUCUGCCUUGGUUCAUAGCGCCCUGGCAGUCCUGCUGCUCAGCCUCCCUGCUCCCCUCUCCCUGCUGCUGCUGCGGCUCCUGGGACCUCGUCUAUUACGGCCCCUGCUGGGUUUCCUGGGGGCCCUGGCCGUGGGCACUCUUUGUGGGGAUGCACUGCUACACCUGCUGCCACAUGCACAAGGAGGGCAGCAUGCUGGACCUAGCGGACAACCAGAGGAGGACCUGGGACCAGGACUGUCAGUACUCGGAGGUCUCUUCCUGCUCUUUGUGCUGGAGAACGUGCUAGGGCUUUUGCGGCACAGAGGGCUCAGGCCAAGAUGCUGCAGGCGAAAAAGAAAGGAUUUCAGAGCACCAGCCCUGGACCUGGAGGAUGGCAGUGGGAUGGCCCUUCAGCCCCUGCAGGCAGCUCCAGAGCAAGAAGCUCAGGGCUGCCGUGGGGAGCAGGACAGCCAGCCCCCACCAGCCCCAGCUCCUACUGGGCACCAAGGCCACAGUCACGGGAACCAGGGUGGCGGUGAUGCCAAUAUAACGUGGAUGGUCCUCCUGGGAGACGGUCUGCACAACCUCACUGAUGGGCUGGCCAUAGGUGCUGCCUUCUCCGAUGGCUUCUCCAGUGGCCUCAGCACCACCCUAGCAGUCUUCUGCCAUGAGCUACCCCAUGAACUGGGUGACUUUGCGAUGCUGCUCCGAGCAGGGCUGCCCUUUCGGAGGCUGCUGCUGCUGAGUUUGGUGUCUGGAGCCCUGGGACUAGGGGGUGCAGCCCUAGGGGUGGGGCUCAGUUUGGGCCCUGUCCCUCUCACUUCCUGGGUGUUUGGGGUCACUGCUGGGGUCUUCCUCUAUGUGGCCCUUGUGGACAUGCUACCAGCCCUGCUUCGGCCUCCCGAGCCCCUCCCUACGCUCCAUGUGCUACUGCAGGGGUUGGGGCUGCUGCUGGGGGGCAGCCUCAUGCUCACCAUAGCCAUGCUGGAGGAGCAGCUAUGGCCCCUGGUCUCUGAUGGCUGAUGGGGGCCAGUGGAAAGGCGCCAGGUUGCCCUUCCUUCCCCCCAACCACAGGAAUGGAGGCGGGACACAGGGCCAGUAGGAGCAAUAGGAUUUUAAUAAACAGAACCCAUCCCAAAGCCAUGACUACGACAGUUGUACUUGCACCAAAACAGCAUAGAAAACCAGGAUGUGGUGGGAGGAGGGCUCAAAGCAGGUCGGGGGAGGACAUGAGCAGGGGCCUGGAGGGUGCAAGGUGCAUCAAUCUGCAGGGAGCGCAUUGUGCUUUAGCCCAGGGAGGAGGGGUAGGGUGGGGCAAAUGCACCGCCAGGUCCCCACAUUUUCCUGCUGCCCUCAGCACCCUGGGGAUACAGGCAUCUGGGCGGAUCUGCCCUUUAUUGCUGCCCACCAGCAUUAAACACCCCUGACCCCAACGCUAGCACCACAGGUGGAUCCGGGGCAGGGAAAAGGGCAAGAACGGGAAAAU